GCCGGCGAGGGGAGGCGGCGGCGGAGGCGAGUGGGGCGCGUUGGUGUGAAAUGAGCAGCUCUGAAGAUGAGGACCUCCCCCAGCUCUCUUCCCAUGCCCUUGCAGCUCUGCAGGAAUUUUAUGCUGAGCAGAAACAGUACACCGACCUCGGUGGCGAUGACAAGUACAACAUUGGAAUAAUAGAAGAGAACUGGCUGAGCCAGUUUUGGUACACUCCGGAGACCGCCCUGCGCCUCGCAGAGGAAGCCGUGGCAGCUGCUGGGGAAGGUGGCAGAAUAGCGUGUGUGAGUGCCCCCAGCGUUUACCAGAAGCUGAGAGAGCUGCACAGAGAAGACUUUUCUAUCUGCAUCUUCGAAUAUGACCACAGGUUUGCCAUCUAUGGAGAGGAGUUUAUCUUCUAUGAUAACAAUAACCCAGUGGAUUUACCUGAGAAAAUUGCUGCACACAGUUUUGACAUUGUAAUAGCAGAUCCCCCCUAUCUCUCCGAGGAAUGUCUCAGAAAAACGUCGGAAACCAUCAAGUACCUGACCCGGGGCAAGAUUCUGCUGUGCACAGGUGCCGUCAUGGAGGAAGAGGCAGCACAACUUCUUGGAGUGAAGACGAGCGCGUUUAUUCCGAAACACACUCGAACCCUGGGAAACAAAUUCCGCUGUUACGUGAAUUACGAUUCUGGGCUGGACCGUGAACUGUGAACGCAGCUGGUAAUACAAUGUAGUAAAGGA